AUGCGUCAGCAAUGCGCGAAAUUCAAUGUCGACAUCCUGGAAGAAGCCUCAUAUGUCCUCUGGUGCAUUUGGAAGGAUAAGAAGUCUCUCCCAGCGUGUAUUUCUGCGCUAGCUGAAGACAAGGGGCUCUAUGAAACCCUUAAAGAAGCCCACAGAACCAAAAAUUAUCAAUGUAUUCAAACCUGGGAGGAAGGUCGAAACGCGUCGUUCGACAGCGUUGAAACCAAGGUAGACCGGUUCCUGAACGAGCUGCGUCCGGAUAUGCUGCGCCUUGUCGAUGGGGAGAUCGCAUUGCCCUCUUGGAGACCGCCGAAUGACUUGGACGAGGAGGUCGUGCAGCAUCUGGUUGGGUUGCGCAUUCCGUCGCUCAAGGGGAAGCCCAACAUUCUUCUCCAUGACCUUGGAGCAUUUCAAGAAGACAAAGUUCUCCAGGAUAGGCUGAAGAACAUCUUCAUGGCCAAUAACCACACGUUCCUCGUGAACACUUCUGGUUCGGGAAAGACGCGUAUCCUGUUGGAAGGCCUCUGCCAGAACUGGGGAUUCUACUUUACGUCCCUGGUGGACUCCAGCUUACUCGGUUCAACCGACGUCCAGAACGCCAUUAGCACCCACGUCCCAGAUACGCCAGGUUUCCGCGCCGAACUUCCCCCUGCAGGCACCAAGACCUACGAGGACAGUCUCAAGCGCAACCGCCAGAUCGCCAGCCGCGUCUUUCGACAAGUUCUUCUCGCACGACUGCUGCUAUUUCACCUUUUCGUCACGACAAUGGACCGUUCGACUCCACCUCAGACUCUCAGGGAACGAUGGCUGCUCCUUCAACUCCAACCGUGCUUGCUCAACCCGCGCGUGUGGGACAUCUUCCAUCACCUUGCGCGCGAACUUUCGACCGCCUCCGACGCGUAUCUCAACAGCCAGACCGAAACGUUACUCAGCGAAGUUCGCAGCAUCCUGUCCCAGGACGGCCAUAUGCCCUUCUUUUGCGUGCUGGAUGAGGCGCAGCACGCAGCAACACAGCACCUGCCUGCCUUUCGCUCGGACCACAACGGCGCGCACCGGCCCAUCCUGCGUGAGAUAGUUCGCGCUUGGGAAAGCCAGUGUGCGGGGCAAGGUGUGUUCAUGGUGGUCGCUGGUACCGGGAUUUCCAAGGACGUCGUUGACCAGGCCAUGGCGUCUGCUAUCAUGAAGGACUCGCGCUACCGCUGGUGUUCCGAUACAGGGGCAUUUGACAGUAUUGAGGUGCAGCAACGGUAUCUGCGCAAGUACUUUCCGCCCAAGUACCUGGGGACCAAGUCUGGUGCCCGCUUGCUGGAAAGGGUCUGGUAUUGGUUACAUGGAAGGCAUCGCUUUACAGCAGGUUAUGUUUCCGAGGCCAUAUCCGACGGCUUUCAGAGGCCUCACACACUUCUCAACGCCUAUAUUCGACACUUUUCCGAAUUCCGAGUGACGGAUGCGCAGGCGUUUGUCGAUGCCGAGCCACCGCUCCCCCUUCCUGUGUUUUCCCAGCUCAAACUCGACUUUUCGAAGCUGAAGAAAAACUCCGAUAUGCUCAGCACCAUUCAUCAACUUACGACGCACUACCUCAUGCGGUCUGUUCUACCUGUGACCCUGGGGAAGGAUGAAGCCAUUUACGUCGAAUAUGGCUUCGCUCGGUUCGUCGACUCGGAAACCAAGACUGUGGCAGUGGACGAACCCCUCGUGCUGCUCGCUGCGACGCACUGGAUCAACAAGCACCACCGCUCCAGCUACAAGUACUUUGCGAAGCAAAUCGGGAUCCAUGAGACCACUUCGAACGGUUUCGAAAACUACAUCGCCUACUGCAUCGACAUGGCCUUCUCGUCGGCAACUCCUCGCGCUGUCAAUUCUGUGUUUAAUUUCGUCGGAGAGCCACCACUUUGGACAAACCAGACCGCCGAGCUUGUUGCUGUCCACCGAGUCCAGACUGGGGGCGAGUUCGAAUCAAGUAUAGUCAAGCACUGCGCCUCUUGUGGCCCGUCUGUCACCCUGGGCCUGAACGCCGAAACCCCGGAGGAAACGUCGAGUUGGCUCGAGUGUCGAAAGUACGCACCGAUGUGCUUUCCUCACAACUUGAUGGGCCCUGACGUUCUCUUCGUUCUUCGCCUUGAGGACCAAUCUUUGGUUUGGGUCGCGUUACAGGCGAAGUAUAGCCAAGGGAAGAACGGUUCUCUGGUCCGCUCUUCCUUGCGAAAAGCGAUUAAAAGUGUGACGCCGUCCGAGUUCUUUAUGGAUAAGGACGGCAUCCGAUACAUGCCCCCUUGCCAUCCCACACUAUUUGAGGAUACCCUAAAACACUUAAAAGCCUUGCCCAGUCGUCGCCUAGACGCGGGUGCUUACAGCCUCUUGCGCGUCAUCGUUUCUUUUCCCGCCGACCCCAAACUCAAGCGGGCCUUGGAAGAGGAUCCGGACAAGGAGGGGCACCCCAUCGCUUCAUUGAACAUGAAGCUCAUUAAGCAGAUCACAGAGAAGUUGUCUCCCGUCAACUUUCUGCAGACGCUAGAGGACCCGAUCCAAAAAGACAAGAAAAAGCGCAAGCGCGCUGCUGCUGCUGGCAGUCCUGCCCCGAAAAAGAGGUUGAGGUUGAAGAUCUAA